CAUCACCUUAUCCGUAAUUCACUUUGGAUUUCGGAUUUCGUGAAGUUCUCAUUUCUUAUUUUUUCUUUCAAAUGUGAAUUUUAUAUUUUGAAGUUUUGUUUACAAAAAAAACAUUAACAAAAAAUAAUAAAAAAGGGAAUUUUUCGACCAACUUUUUCUCCCAACGGCAAGAAAAGGAUGGCCUUUAACUUCAGCGCUAAUCAGUUUGAAAACUCGUUUAAAGCACAUCGGCUGUGUAACUGGGAAGUACCUAAAUGGUAUCCGCCACGCCCACGUCAACGUAAAUGUUCAACAAAAAUAAUAGCCAACGAAAGAGGUCAUUUGUUGCCAAACGUUAAAAGGUCUGAAGAUUCUCCGUGGGGAUUCUUUAAAGGAACCCAUCAAUUACCACGGAAAAUAUCACGUGCAAAAGCCGAAGAAAUUAACCGGAAGUUAACCGGAAGAGAUAAAUGGAAACAAUUCGACAAUACAUCAUUCGAUAGAAAGAAAAAGGACGAAGAAGACUUUGGAAAGCAAUCAAAACUAGAAAAAUCAAAAGUAAGUCCAAGAAAGUUGGAAGAAAAAACAUCUAUAGAUAAGGAAUAUUUUCCAGGCGAUAAGACCCCUUACGACCAACAACACGUAUCGAGAGAUCUGCUCUUGCAGCAAAAGUACGAACGCGACAUUAAUCAUUUCCAAUCACAGCCAGAACCAAAUGACUUAUUUUUAGAACACGAGAACGAAAAUCAGUUUUUGAACAAACCGAAUUCUGGCCAAUCGGCUUUUCCAAUUAUAAAUAACACCAUCACCGACCAAGAAGUUGAGAAUAAUUUUGAGAAAAUGCAUCUCUCGGUAAAUAGGGCCAUUUCAGAAAAACCACAUGAACGUUCUCCUUCACCGGUCAUACCGGCCUACACGAACUUUCAAAUGGCAAGAAAAAUGCAUCAGGAGAAUCUGGACCAUCAGCCGUUACCGGACUGUGUAGCUGAUAGAGCAUUUCGAAAACUUCAAGCCGAGGGAAUUCCACACCCGGGUUUGGCCUUGAAUAUGAAUCCUAUCGCUUCGGGAGUGGGGGUCAAGACCUACAAUGCUGGCCCAACCCAUUGCACAAAAAUGAAGAUAUUCCGUCCAAAAACCUGUGGAGUUGUUCCAAAGGUUUACAACGAUGUGCAAUCAAAUCAUCGCCCGUUUUCAUCGAUUGAUGCAAAGAAAAUGGGUUCAAUGGAUCUGGCGAUUUGUUGGGACUAUAGGCCGGACAAUCCCGCUGAUGAACCUAAACUUGCUCGGCACAUAGACGGAUCGAAUGAUUCCGCUGGUCCGGCUGUAUUUACUUUUGUUAAGACACCUCGAACUCCAACGAACGCUCAGACUGGACGUUCAGCAGGAGUCUUUACGAGUACUUUUGGAGAACCAGGGUUUUUCGAUAAGGACAUCAUGAGGCGCAAAACGGAUUUUGCUCAAGCCGGCCGUUCGGAACCGGUCAAAUGUACCUGUGGAACAUCUCCGAUUGAAUUCAAAACCAGUAAAAGCACCAGGGCCAAGAGUGUAUCACGUGGCGGCAGUUCCACCACCAAGAGUGUUUUCGACCAUAAGCAAUACCAAAGUUCGCCAAAUCUUUCAAUGUUCAAAGUCAGUGACUAUCCGAAGGAAAAUGAGAAACCCUCACGAGAACAUUCAUGUCGAAAAUACGGUCCAAAGAAAAAUGGUGAACCACAACCGGGUUUCUUUAGGAGAACGUCAAGAAUGUGUCAUAAGGUCGGACCCCAACCGUAUUUAGAAACAAAUGAAAAAGAAGAAUUCAAAUUAGCUUUUCGAGCUGGAAUACCAAAACUUAAUGCAGCUGGAACAGUCGUGAGCUCUGACAGUGGAUGCAGCUCAAUGUCGGGUGGAUCUUGUUCAACAACCAACAAAGUUCUCGUUGUCCCGAGGCCACGCAAUCCCUAUAACAAGAAAAAUUAUGAUAUCGAGACGUUAGUUCCUCCAUUUACAAGCCUAAAAGGUGGAGCGGGGCAAGGGGGCUAUCCCGAGCAUUGGAGAUUAGCAAGUGUAUAUCAACACGCCUAUAAACCGAUUGAGCAGCGGAAGCGACCUCUUCUUCAAACGGUCUAUAAAUAG